CGAUAUCGAGGAAGGGGGAGAGGAAGAGGAAGAGCCAGAGGCGGAAAAGAAAAAGGGGGAGAGAGUGGAUGUUUUGUUUGCGGAGGACAAGAUCACUGGGCAAGGGAAUGCCCUAAGAGACAUGAUGAGGAAACUGCAUGACCAUCAACAUCUCAGGUCGAGGAGGUCAGUCCUGAAGGGAUGGCAGGUGAAGGAAGCACUGCCUAAGGUGACGCAAACAGAUCUGCACAGUCUCAAACCAGGUGACUGGGUGGUGGUGAAGGAUUUCAGGAGGAAAAGCUGGAGAGCCAGGCGGGGGCUGGGACCAUUUCAGGUACUUCUGACAACGCAGACUGCGGUGAAGGUUGCAGAGAGAGCAACGUGGAUUCACGUUAGCCACUGUAAGCGUGUUCCUGAGCCAGAGGAAAAACCAACACCCGACAGCUGCAAAGAGGAAUGAGAAGGGGCAUCAGGGCACACGGUGACGUGCUAGUAACCUCUCCCGUGAGCUCCAACUGACUUUCCACGACGCGUAUAGUGUCUGAGUCAGAAGAAAACCCUGAUACAACGCAGCAGCCGACACCGAGAAGGAGCAGCGUCAUCUGAAGGAGUAACAUCCACACACACACACACACACAAGAAUGUAAACACAAAUGUAAAUGAAAUUAAUGAACUGAAAGAGGUAAAUGUGACAGACACUUAUGACAGCAGAUGACGACAGCAUUACACAUUUACGACAGCCAGACUCCCGUACAAACACAAAUAUAAGAUCUGACUUCUACAAUCGAUCAACAUUGAUGAGUAAAAGCUCCUGUUAAGAUGAGGAGCCUGUUUGACUAUCACCCAAGAGUUUUAGGGAUCAUUGGCAUCCUUAUGAUCUGCCUGUUAAUUAGAGGGAAUGCAGAAAAGACUUCCACCUUUGGUAGAAGUCGCAGAGACGUGCAUGAAAACACUUAUUGGCAAUUUGCCAACUACACUGCCAAAAUGAUCACAAAUGAGUCUUGUUAUGUGUGUAUGAUUCUCCCCACAGCUGCGAGUAAACACACAAUGAUCCCCAUGAAAAGUAAUGGUAGUGAAUUGAAAGCCAUAGCCCAAUACUGUAGAAAUUCUUACUGCAUGUGGAAGCAGGAUGCUUAUAGAGUCCAGAAUGGCACACAUUUGAGUCUGGUGAUAAAUUCACCGGCCUCCCUGUGGUGUGAAGCUGGUGGUGCAUGGCCGUUCUUAGUGGGAGGACUGAUUUAACUGGUACCACCAUAUGUCUACGGACUCUAAUGCGUGUGACAAAACGAACAUUCAAGGUAAACCAAACAAGAGUUAACACAUUUGUUGCACAGCCUCCUCCUAAAUUGAACUACACACACUGUUUUGUAGGUACAGGAAACAUACCGUUAGGUAAUAUUGGCAGCCGUAGGUGCACUCAUUUAUAUUACCCAUAUUCUGAUGACGGAACCUGCCCACAGGCAGAGUGUUCCCUCAUUCAUCCAUCUGACACCGGCAUAUUACUCAGGGCUGACGACUGGUACUGGGUCUGUGGUAAAAACGUGUAUCUAGCCCUACCCCGUAACUGGGGAGGAGUAUGUACUUUAGCAAGGUUUAGGUAUCCAGGUGUGGUCAUAGCUCACUCACACUCACCAAUAAAGCGACCCAAGAGAGAGGUGUCUGAUAAUGACUUUCCUCCGCCAGAACAUAGACUGAAACCUAAACUGAGUAAAUUCUUUGAUUCCUUCUUCCCACAGUAUGGGAUGACUCAGGUUUGGAAUCAACUAGAAGUCACACAUUAUCGGCUUGCCACUUAUAUUAACUCCACUAAUCGGGCAACCGAAGGCAUUAAACAGGAACUCGCGGCCCUUAGAUUGACUGCUACACAAAAUAGAAUGGCCUUAGAUAUUCUAUUAGCUAAAGAGGGAGGUGUAUGUGCCCUGAUUGGAGAUCAAUGUUGCACCUUCAUUCCCUCGAACGAUGACGACCAUGGGUCUAUCUCAGAUACACUGCAUGAUAUGCACAAAGUAGCAAACCAAAUGAAACGAGACGAACACGGAGAUAAUCGUUGGGGACCUUGGUAUACACUGUUCCUGACAGUGGACUCCCUAUCUAUCAAUGAUAAUCCCAGUGAUUGUGGUAUUACUCUUAUUAUGUUUGUUUGGCCCUUGCAUAUACAAAUGCAUUCAUUACAUCAUAAUGUCCAAUCUAACGACCAAACAACUUGUGAAACUAGACGAUAUUGACGAUGACCCUGAAUGGAGUCCUCCGUUCAGCGAUGACUAUUUCACUGAAUUUGCCCAGACUGAUCCAGAAACAGACAAAGGUGAAUACGGACAGUAGAGACU